GACUUUCUAUCUGAAAGCAAAAUUCGUGCCUUUCCCUCCCACAACCAACCCUCCCUUAUCCCCAGCAACGAAGCAAAGAACCCAUUCUCGGUCAUCAUAUUCAUCUUCUUCUACUUCAGCUCCAAGCGAAGUCACAAACCCCUUGGUUCCCUGCGACGCGAACGCUUGAGAAUUAAUGGCGAAGGACGGAGCCGCCACCCCCUCAUGGCAGGAUCUCUUGGGCUCCAACCAGUGGGCCGGCCUGCUCGACCCCCUCGACGUCUCGCUCCGGCGCCUCCUCCUCCAGUGCGGUGACCUCUGCCAGGUCACCUACGACUCCUUCAACAGCGACCAGCAUUCCAAGUACUGCGGCAGCUGCCGCUACUCCAAAUCCACCCUCCUCAGCAGAGUCUUCUUCCCCUCCGCCGCCGACUUCUCCGUCGCCGAGUACCUCUACGCCACCUCCCAGAUCGACCUCCCCGACGGCUUCCUCCUUUUCUCCCGCUCCGACGAGGCCUGGAGCAAAGAGUCCAACUGGAUCGGCUACAUCGCCAUCUCCUCCGACGCCGCCGCCCUCAAGACCGGCCGCCGCGAGAUCUACGUCGCGUGGCGCGGCACCAUUCGCACUCUGGAGUGGGUCGAUGUCUUCCAGCCUGAGCUCGUCCCCAUCGACUCCAUCCUCUCCUCCACCCAGAAAGGCUCGGCCGAUGAUGACGAAGUUCCCAAGGUCAUGAAGGGCUGGUAUGUAAUCUACACCUCGAGCAACCCGAAAUCUCCCUUCAACAAAGAGAGCGCGAGGGACCAGCUCCUAGCCAGGAUAAGAGCGCUCGUGGAGCAAUACAAGAACGAGAGCCUCAGCAUAAUCUGCGUCGGCCAUAGCUUGGGAGCGAGCUUGGCCAUUCUGAGCGCUUUCGAUAUGGUGGAGAAUGGCUUAUCCAAGAUCGGAGAGAACAGCCAUGUCCAAGUCUGUGCGAUGGUGUUUGGAAGCCCACAAAUUGGAAACAAGGCCUUCAAUGAUAGACUGGAGAAGUUGCCGAAUCUUAGGGUGCUGCGUGUCAAGAACAAGAUAGAUUUGAUUCCACUGUAUCCUAGUGGGUUGCUGGGCUAUGUGUACACUGGAGAGGAGCUGGUCGUCGACGCUCGGAAAUCGCCGUAUUUGAAAGAUUCCAAGAACCCGAGCGAUUGGCAUAAUUUGCAAGGGAUUCUGCAGGCUGUGGCGGGGUGGAAUGGAGAGGAUGGAGAGUUCGAGUUCAAGGUGAAGAGGAGCAUAGCGCUCGUGAACAAGUCGAGCGAGUACUUGAAGGAUGAGUACCUUAUUCCGGGGUCGUGGUGGGUGGAGCAGAAUAAAGGGAUGGUGCCGGGCGAGGAUGGGGACUGGUAUCUGGCGCCCCCGGCGGCGGAGGACCUCCCUGUCCCGCCUUCUUUCAAGGCGGCGGCUGGUGAUCUUGUGAGUGCGCCGGGGCUGACCGACGGGAAGAAGGUUUCCGUCAACAAGAGGAAAUCCGGUUACGGAAAACGGUUCGCUUCCUGUUUUCGAGGGGCGCGCUGAUUAUUUGCGUUUGAUCAUGUCUUUGGUAGGGUGGCGGACGCUUCAGGUAUGAUUAUUGCUUUGGGAUGGAUUGCUUAUUUCCUUCUGCUGUGGUUUGUUUGUUUUACUAUCUGCUGACGACGUGAUUUGGAUUCAUACGCUCCCCAACCGAGGACGCUGGUUGCUUUAUUUUUUCCUUUAGGAUGCCGGUCUGGUCGUCCUCCUUGUUUUUUUCUUCCAUCUGGCCGCAGGGGGCAUUCUGCCGUCCGUGUAAUAUAUCUGUGCUUUCUUGAGCAAUGUUUUUA